AUGAGUGACUUACAAGACCAAGAACCUAGCAUUAUUAUCAACGGUAAUUUGGAACCAGUUGGUGAACCAGAUAUCGUUGAAGAAACAGAAGUUGUAGCUCAAGAAACAGAAGAAACAGAAGAAGCCAAUAAGCCAAAGAAGAAAGUCGCCUUCACUGGUUUGGAAGAAGACGGAGAAACUGAAGAAGAAAAAAGGAAAAGGGAAUUUGAAGAAGGUGGUGGUUUGCCCGAACAACCAUUAAACCCUGAUUUUUCAAAAUUAAACCCUCUAUCCGCCGAAAUUAUCAACAGACAAGCUACGAUAAACAUUGGUACCAUUGGUCAUGUUGCCCACGGUAAAUCCACAGUAGUUAGGGCCAUUUCAGGUGUCCAAACAGUGCGUUUUAAGGAUGAAUUAGAACGUAACAUUACCAUUAAAUUAGGUUAUGCAAAUGCUAAAAUUUAUAAAUGUCAAGAACCUACAUGUCCCGAACCUGAUUGUUAUAGAUCAUUCAAAUCUGAUAAAGAAAUCAGCCCUAAAUGUCAAAGACCAGGUUGUCCAGGACGUUACAAGUUGGUCCGUCAUGUUUCAUUUGUCGACUGUCCCGGUCACGAUAUCUUAAUGAGUACUAUGUUGUCAGGUGCCGCCGUUAUGGAUGCUGCCUUACUUUUGAUUGCAGGUAAUGAAUCUUGUCCACAGCCCCAAACCUCAGAGCAUUUAGCUGCCAUUGAAAUUAUGAAGUUAAAGCACGUUAUCAUCUUACAGAAUAAAGUCGAUUUAAUGCGUGAAGAAAGUGCCUUGGAACAUCAAAAAUCCAUCUUGAAGUUCAUCAGAGGUACCAUUGCUGACGGCGCUCCUAUUGUACCAAUAUCCGCUCAGUUGAAGUAUAACAUCGAUGCAGUCAAUGAAUUUAUUGUCAAGACUAUUCCUGUACCACCAAGAGAUUUCAUGAUUUCUCCAAGGCUGAUUGUUAUUCGUUCAUUUGAUGUUAAUAAGCCAGGUGCUGAAAUUGAAGACCUGAAAGGUGGUGUCGCUGGUGGUUCUAUUUUGAAUGGUGUCUUUAAGCUAGGUGAUGAAAUUGAGAUUAGACCAGGUAUUGUGACUAAGGAUGAUAAAGGUAAAAUUCAAUGUAAACCAAUCUUCUCUAACAUUGUUUCCUUAUUUGCUGAACAAAAUGACUUGAAGUUCGCUGUUCCCGGUGGUCUGAUUGGUGUUGGUACAAAAGUUGAUCCUACCUUGUGUAGAGCCGAUCGUCUUGUCGGUCAAGUUGUUGGUGCUAAGGGUCAUUUGCCAAACAUUUAUACUGAUAUUGAAAUUAACUACUUUUUGUUACGUCGUCUAUUGGGUGUCAAAACAGAUGGUCAAAAGCAAGCCAAAGUCAGAAAAUUGGAACCAAAUGAAGUUCUUAUGGUCAACAUUGGUUCUACCGCAACAGGUGCUCGUGUGGUUGCCGUUAAAGCUGAUAUGGCAAGAUUACAAUUAACGUCACCUGCUUGUACUGAAAUUAACGAGAAGAUUGCUUUGUCGAGACGUAUCGAAAAGCAUUGGCGUUUAAUUGGUUGGGCAACCAUUAAAAAAGGUACUACAUUGGAACCCAUCGCUUAA